GGCAAGCUUUGCCUGGGUUAUAUCUAGGAGGGGCUAUAUUUCAUGAAUAUCUUUUUAAGACAGCCAGUCUUUAUCUCCAUGUCGUGUUUCUUCCGCCUUUUUUUUUGGGUAGAUCAUAACAAGAAUGCGCACCAUACGAGAGAAUCGUUUUGAAACAAAAUAAUGCCUUUCAGUAAUUACACGUGAGAAGGGUAGCAGAGCAACGCUGCUAGCGGUUAGGGGACACGCGAGUGAUGCCGAGCUUUGUGCGGGCUGAUGCAGUGCAGUCCCAGAAAAGGAAAGAUGCCCAGUGCAUACAAGUAAUGCAGUCAAAAGCAACCUGGAUUGAUGAAACAAAAAAAUGCACAUUGGUGAACACUGAAGAACAGGUCAAGAUAUUGUUUCUUUAGAUUGCAACUGAGAAAUCCUACAACAAAUUACAUUCCAUGCAUUCUGUGCAACACCAGGACUGAUCACUGCUGUACUGCCAAAACUACAGCUGAAACUGAGCACUGUUAACUGGGACUUGCAAAAGGGAUUAGGGGGAACUGAAGACUGUUGCAGCCAUGGCUCUGACUAAAAAGGUGCCUAUAGCUGCCCCUCCUGACGGAGGCUGGGGCUGGAUGAUUGUGGCUGGCUGCUUUCUUGUCACCAUCUGUACUCGCGCCGUCACCAGAUGCAUUUCAAUAUUUUUUGUUGAGUUCCAGUUGUACUUUGGUCAGGAUUACUCCAGAACGGCAUGGAUCCAUUCAUUAGCAGACUGUGCUACAAUGCUUUGUGCUCCACUGGGCAGUCUCAUUGGAAACCAAUUAUCUUGCCGGGUUGCCAUUAUUUUAGGAGGGAUUAUGGCAUCUAUUGGUCUUAUACUGAGUUCCUUCGCUACAAGUCUUGAAUACCUCUAUCUUACACUUGGAGUGCUUACUGGUGUUGGAUUUGCACUUUGUUACACACCAGCCAUUGCAAUGGUAGGAAAAUAUUUCAUCAAAAGGAAAGCUCUGGCUUACGGUAUUGCAAUGUCAGGAAGUGGGAUUGGAACAUUUAUCCUGGCUCCAGUUGUACAGCUACUUAUUGAACAUUACUCCUGGCGAGGUGCUCUUUUCCUUCUUGGUGGCCUUGUUGCAAAUCUUUGUGUCUGUGGGGCUUUAAUGAGACCUAUCAGCCUUAAAGAAGAAGAAAUUAAUGGCAUCCUUCCCACAGAUGAAGAAAAUAUAUAUAGCAAACAACACAAUGAUCUAAGUGCCUUGUCUGUGUGCAAAACAGACCAUACAAGCAAAAACGACUGCAACAGGAGUUGCCUUUGUUUGCAGUCACUGCAAGAGUAUAAAUUUCUUUUAAUGCCAGACUUUAUGGUUCUGGCAGUUUCCUUCCUUUUCUUGGCAUAUGGCUGCAGCAUUCCCUUUGUUUACCUGGUUCCAUAUUCUUUGAGUGUUGGACUGAGUCCUCAACACGCUGCCUUUCUCAUGUCUGUAUUGGGUAUAAUUGAUAUCAUUGGAAACAUCACCUUUGGAUGGCUAACUGAUCGUAGGUGCUUGAAGAAAUAUCGUCAUUUUUGCUAUCUCUUUGCUGUGGGAAUGGAUGGCAUUUGCUGCCUUUUCAUUCCAGUCUUGCGGAGUUUUCCCCUCCUUGUGCCUUUUUCUGUGCUUUACGGCUAUUUUGAUGGAGCUUAUGUAGCCCUCAUGCCUGUAAUAACAUCAGAUGUUGUAGGCACCAAAUACCUGUCCUCUGCCCUUGGAGUGGUUUAUUUUCUUCAUGCAAUACCGUACCUUGUUAGUCCACCUAUUGCAGGACUGCUGGUGGACAACACAGGAACCUAUACAGCUGCAUUUCUUCAGAGUGGAUUUUCAAUGAUCUUCAGUUCAUUUUUGUUGGUCUCCGCUAAGCUAAUCAAGAAAUGUUUAACAAAUCGAUCAAAUUCUUCAUCCACUGGUUCAGAUCCAAAACUUCAGAUUUUUGUAAAUAACACAGAAAUGGACUACAGUGUAGCCAAAGGUGAAGAAUGCAAAAUGUAUUAACAAAACUGCAGGACACUCUGAUUUUUUUUAUCCAAAAAAAAAAAAAAAGUUCACUAAUGCAGAUUUUUAUGCUGCUAUUUUGUAUCAAAGUGCCAAAGUAAUGUUGAAGGGUUACACUACAAAAAACUGAUUUUGAUGCCUUUUGUAAUGUUGCACACAUAAACAAUUAUGUUUUUUCUGAGGUAAUGGGAUAGCCAGCUAUAUAUGAAAAGUUGGAAGAAAUUGAACAAGAAAGAGAAAUAAUGUUUACCUGAAAAAAUGCAAAUGUGCCUUUGUUAAUUUUAAAGUUAUUUUCAAUGUUUUUUCUAAAAAUACUGUAUCAUUUUUCAGCAGAGUAACAACUGUUCUGGGACCAGAACAUACCAAAUCUUAUUGUUGUGCCAUUUCAUUUCAUCCUGAUGUAGAAUUAAUGCUUUAUGUUUAUUUUUUAAGAAGAUAACAUUUAUUCCCAAGUAGAAUUUUCAGUAUGUGUGCAUCCCCUGUUUUACUGGCUCACUCAAGCAAAGACCAUAGAUUUGUUUUACUUGAUAAUAAUUUUUUAUUUAGAAGAUGUAUAUAUAUAUA